UCAGCGACUUAUAGCGGGACUGUGGCAGGCAUUCUGACACUGGUGGGAACUGACUUGGUGUCACUGACAUCCCCAGUGACACCAAUACAGUGAUCAGUGCUAAUAAGAAGCACUGAUACUGUACUAAUGACACUGGGCAGGAAGGGGUUAACAUGUGGGGCGAUCAAAGGGUUAACUGUGUGCUGCUUUACUAGGUGGGCUGUGUCUGUGUGCUUCACUGUAAGCACACUGCUUUGGAUGGCUGUGCUGUGCACAGCCAUCCAAAGCAGUGUGCCCGAGCUGACUGGGAGAACAGUUAGUAAACAAAACAGUUCUCCUCACCGUCGGAUAUCAUCAGAAAUCACCAGGCGCUGGCCAGUAAUC